AUUAUAUGGACAAGCCCAAGACCGGUUAGAUGAAUGCCGAGAAGAAAAUUAUCAUUUGAGACAAUCUUUAGAAGGUGCGCAUGAAGAUAUUACAGAAAGUGAGUUAGUACAUGACAAGUUAAAUCAAAAAUUGCGCAUCUUAGGAUUAACCCAUAUUGCAUGGCGAGCUCGCAAUUUAAGACAGGCUCAAAUCUUAAACGUGGAAUUUAAUACAGCAAGGACUGCUUGGAGGAAUCAAAGAGAUAGAAAUCGGCAUAUUACUUAA